AUGCCGCCACCACCGCAUAUUAAACCUGAGAAUGUGCUCAAGCGGGCUCAAGAACUCAUCGCCGUCGACCAGUCUCAGGCUGCGCUCAAUGUCCUCCACGAGCAUGUCACCUCUAAGCGAACCCGGAACAGCCCGAUCGCCUCCUUGGAGCCGGUGAUGCUCCUGUUUGUCGAACUUUGCGUGGAUCUCAGAAAAGGAAAAUCUGCCAAAGAUGGUCUUUAUCAGUACAAGAACAUCGCGCAGAAUACCAACGUAGGGACUAUCGAGUUGGUAUUGAAAAAAUUCAUCGAACUGGCCGAGGCGAAAGUCCAGGAGGCGCAGGUUAAAGCCGAUCAAGUUCAAUCCAAUCUUGACAGCGCUGCUGCGCAGACUGUCAGCAACCUCGAUGACGAUCUGGAAGUCACCAACAGUCCGGAAAGCAUUCUUCUUGCGACCGUAUCCGGCGAACAAUCAAAGGAUCGCACCGACCGUGCUAUCGUCACCCCAUGGCUAAAAUUUCUUUGGGAAACCUAUCGAACAGUGCUCGAGAUUCUCAAGAACAAUGCCCGUCUCGAGAUUCUCUAUCAGGCUACCGCCCAUCAAGCUUUCGACUUCUGCCUCAAGUAUGCCCGUAAGACCGAGUUUCGUCGACUUUGCGAGCUUCUUCGCAACCAUGUUCAGAAUGCUGCCAAAUACUCGUCGCAAAUGCAUGCCAUCAACCUGAAUGAGCCGGAUACUCUCCAGCGACAUCUGGAAACGCGCUUUCGGCAGCUUAACGUUGCUGAUGAGUUGGAGUUGUGGCAGGAAGCUUUCCGCAGCGUUGAGGAUAUUCAUAUGCUCCUCACCCUGUCGAAGCGUCCAGCCAAAAACGUGAUGAUGGCCAAUUACUUCGAAAAGCUCACCAAGAUAUUCCUGGUGUCCGACAAUUUCCUCUUCCAUGCUGCCGCCUACAACAAGUACUACACACUUCUCCGCCAGUCUCAAGCUGUGGUUGCAUCUGGUCAGAGCCCCAAGAAAGACAACCCAACAGUCACCGAUGCUCACCUUACCAAGGUGGCUUCUUUCGUCCUUCUGUCUGCUCUGGCCAUUCCGGUGAUUAGUACUUCGCGGUCGCGUGGUCUCGUGGAUGUUGACGAGGCUCGUAAGAAGACGACACGCCUGACAAACCUGCUCAACAUGCCAUCGGCCCCAACACGAGCCAUUUUGUUCAAGGAUGCGCAGCUCAAAGGCCUUCUCAAGAAAGCUUCUCCUGAGAUCCGUGAUCUUUACAACAUUCUCGAAGUGGACUUUCAUCCGCUGUCCAUCUGCAGAAGGAUCUCGCCCAUUCUCGAACGAAUUGGCAAUGAUCCCGAGAUGGUUCAGUACGUUCAGCCUCUGCAACAGGUCAUUCUCACCCGCCUAUUCCAGCAACUUUCGCAAGUCUACGAGUCCGUUGAGUUAGGAUUCGUUUUCAAGCUGGCUCAAUUCCCCGAACCAUUCCAGGUCACUCCUGCUACCAUUGAAAAGUUCAUUAUGAAUGGCUGCAAAAAGGGUGAAUUGGCCAUCCGGUUGGAUCACGUCUCUGGAACUCUCAACUUUGACCAAGACGUCUUCUCAUCAUCCAAAGCUCUUACUGCUUCUGCAGAUGCGGAUAGCUCUUCCGUCCAACGCCUGCAGCACACCCCUACCGAAAUCGCCCGCACUCAGCUUUCUCGACUUGCAAAGACCUUGCACAUCACCUGCAUGUACGUCGACUCAUCCUACAAUCAAGCUCGUCUCGCCGCCCGUGAGUCUGCUCUUGCCCGCGCUGAAUCUGGUGCCGAACAAGAGCACUUGGCCACUCUCGAGCGUCGGACUGUGAUUGAGAAGAAAAAGGAAGCUGCUUCGGAAGCUCUAUCUCGCAAACAGCGCGAGGAAGAGACACGUCGUCGCAUUCGAGCUCAACAGCAAGCGGAAGCCGAGUCUCAGCGUCUCCGCGAUGAGACCAAGGCCCGCGAGCUCAAGCGCGUCCGAGAUGAGCAAGCUCGCAUCCGUCGUCAAGAAAUGGAGAAGCAACUCGCAGAGCUCAAGGGCACUAUGAAGAUCGACCUCGAGGAUGUUGAUUUAGAAAACCUCGACUCCAAUGCAGUGCGCAUGCUCAAGCUUACCCAGCUCGAGAAAGACAAGAACGAGCGAGACAAUCGGGUUCGUAUUACAGCGAAACGCAUUGAUCACCUCGAGAGAGCCUUCCGUCGCGAGGAAGUCAAGCACCUCGAAGACGACUAUGCUCGUCAACGCGAGGCUGACUACAAAGCUUGGGAAGAGAACAAGGCGGUCACACUCUCUGAGGCCAAAGAGAAGCACGAACAGGUGGUCGCGCUUAAGCACCGGCUGACACGCCUUGUGCAACCGUACGACGAGUUCAAGUCUUCUAUCACUCAACGUCGUGCAGCCGACUUUGAGAAGCUUCGUCGUAAGGCCGAAAAGGAGUUCGAAGAAGAGAAGCGCAAGAGAAUCAGAGAACAUCACGAGGAGAAGGCAAGGGCGCGCCAGCAGGCUGAGGAGGACGAGCGUCUUCGUCGUGAAGAAGAGGAGCGUCUCGCAGAAGAAGCCGAGCGAAAGGCGCGGGAAGAAGAGGAGAAGGAGCGACAGAGAGCCGAGCGUCGCGCCAAAGCAGAAGCUGAACGGGCUGAGCGUGACGAAGCUGCAAAGAAGCAGAUGCAACGCGAAGAGGAAGCGAUCGCCAGAAGAGCUGCGAGACGUACUGGUGGUGAGGAACGUCCUGCGAGCGGAGGCUUUAUCCGCCGAGAGGCACCUGCCAUGGACAGUCGCACCGAUUCCAACGAACGCACUGCUCCACGUCUCAAUCUUGCUGCGAGAACCGGCGGUGGCGGCUGGCGCGACCGUCAAGCUGCGAAAGAGGCUGCAGGUGUCACCGAAGGCGAAAGUGCCACUGCUCCGGGCCGUGGCUCAACCUCCGAUGCUUCAGCUGCGCUGGCAAGAAGUGGCUAUGUGCCUCCUCACCUGCGUCAAGGUGGUGCGCGACCGGUAGAGAGCCCAGAACGUGAUCUACCUCCCCGCAAUGCCAGUCCGGCGAAUGCUUCUGGCACCGGCCGUUGGCAGCCCAGACACAUGCGCGAUGAGGGACGUCAGGAGUCGCGAGAGGGUACUAGUGGAGACGAGGCUCCCGUGCGGAAGCCUGCAGGCAGCACCGGCGGCAGAUAUGUUCCCCCUUCGAUGCGGAAUCGUCAGUAG